AUGUCAAGGGACAGCCUUCUAAUCGGCGCCUCCAUGGCUCUGCUCGUCGUGCUUUCCCUCUUCACCUUUUUCUGCUCCAACCGACGGCGAGUGGCGCAGAGCUCGUCGCAGCAGGGCGUGGUCGACAUCGAGCUCGGGGACGGCAGGUGCGCUGCCGCCGCCGCGGGGCUCGACGAGGCCGUCAUGGCCGCGUGCCCGACGACGGUGUACUCCACGUCGAUCCAGCAUCAUCAGGCGGCGGCUACCGGUGAGCGGACGGCAAAGGAGGAGGAGCGCGGGUGCGCGGUGUGCCUGGCGGAGUACGCAGACGGCGACGAGCUGCGGGUGCUCCCCGGCUGCGCGCACGUGUUCCAUCGGCGGUGCGUCGACCAGUGGCUCCGGCGGCGGCCCAGCUGCCCGCUGUGCCGCACGUCGCCGCAGAGCACCACCAGUGCAUGCUAA